UACAUCUCUUCCACCACCACUAACGCGCGGCUGCAGUUUCACCAGCUAAUUGAGCAACUCAUGAUCACUGACCUCCCGUCUCCACCACAGACUGUUCAUAAAAAGUCGUCCCAGUGUCAACAAUGAGCAACAGUGAGGAGCCCAAAUGGACCACAGCCCCACACAUAGUGGACGAGGAGCUCAUGGCAGCAGGGAAAUGGAUAAAACUAGAGAAAACAACUUACGUGGACCCAGCUGGAAACACCAGAACCUGGGAGACUGUGAAGAGGACAACAAGGCAGACUCACAUAGAAGUGGACGGUGUGGGAAUCAUCGCCCUCCUGAAACGGACGCUCCAUAAAGACUGUGUUGUGAUGGUGAAGCAGUUUCGUCCUCCUAUGGGAUGCUGCUCUCUGGAGUUUCCUGCAGGCUUGAUCGAUGAAGGGGAAACGGUGGAAGUUGCUGCCCUGAGGGAGCUGAAGGAAGAAACCGGCUACAAGGGCGAAGUAGCAGGAGUUACCCCAGUGACCUGCCUGGACCCCGGACUGUCGAACUGCACCACUCAAAUCGUCAUGGUCAACAUCAACGGAGACGACAUGGAGAAUAUCAACCCGACGCAACAGCUCGGCGAUGGAGAAUUUGUAGAAGUCAUCCUUUUACCUCUUGAUGAAUUCCAGACGAAAAUAGACGAUCUGAUGAAGAAAGAGAAAAUUGUGGUGGAUGCUAAAGUUUACAUCUUCGCCAUGGGGAUGGUUCAGGCCUUCUUCAAACCGAGGGAGCUCCCUGUCCUGAAGCAGUAAAGCGUCCCAGUCAUAUUCGUAGGGCUCCUACACAGGACUGGAAAGAUUUGAAAAAGCACUAUUAAGGAAACCGUUCAUUUCCCCCCUCUAAUAAGGCCUCAUGUGAAUAAUUAGACUUGAACUGUGGCUUUAGACCCCAUGUAACCACACCCAGUAUUUUAAUAUUUGUCCAUUGAGCAACAUGGCAGAAGAUGCAAUGAAAUUGAAAACUACGUUUAUGAAAUCAAAUCAUUAAAAUCAAAGUCUUUGAAAAAAAGCCUUGGUUUAAGAGCCUAUGAAGGAGCCCUGGUUACGCUACAUGUCCUAGACCACUGUUUUCUCUCAGUGUGGAGGAACUGGAAAACACCGUGAGGCUGCACAAUCCGGUGGCCGAGUAUUUGCACGCUUAAGGCCGAAUAGGUCUCAGGCUUUGGUCUUGUAUGCCUUAAGUGACUUACAGUUGUUAACAGGUUUUUACGAGAUUAUAAGUAGUUUGAUAGGAUGAAAUUUAUUUGGAUUUUUUUUUUAUCUUUAAUUGUAAAACAUUCCUUACAUGCCCUAAUAUAGGUUUUGCUGAAUAUAUGGAGGGAAAAACAUCACCUCAAUCCAUCUAAACUCUUAAAACUGGUUCUUUGUUUGAUAUAUUCAUUAUUUCUCUUAACUAUAACUUUGAAAACCAGGUUUUGGUUUCAGUCUCCAAGAAUCAAAGAUUUGGAUACAAACAUCUAACAGAGUUCUAUCAAUCUGCCAAGUCACAACAUAUAUCCUGCAAUGUAUUAAAAGUAACAUAUUUUGGACUAUUAACAGUUUUAACUAAAUGAGGUUUGUUUGUUUUUUCUUCUGACUCCAUAGUAAAUGAGCAACAGAUGUACUGUUCUGAUAAAAUCCUUAACUGACCAAAAGGAAAUAUCCUGUGCUGUGCCUCUAACCUCAUUACGGUGCAAUUAACUGCGAUGCUGUAAUUAGCCUAGAAAUAACUGAUGAAUGAAUAAAUGUCAUACUACCUA